AUGUCUAGUUAUGCAAAGAUGAUGAAGGAUUUGAUGUCCCGCAAGUUCAAUUUUCAAGACUUGGCCACGGUUACACUAACUCAAACCUACAAUGCUGUUGUGAUGAGACCUAUAGUCGAGAAGCUGUCUAACCUCGGGAGUUUCACAAUCCCUCGCACAAUAGGAAACUUUGCUUUUGCUAAGCCACUGUGUGAUCUGGAAGCAAGCAUAAACCUUAUACCCCUAGAUAUCUACAAAAGGCUAGGCAUUGGAAGAGCUAGACCUACGUCCAUGCUACAGUUGGCUGACCGAACAGUGAAGAGACCUUCUGGGAUUCUAGAUGAUGUAUUGGUACAGGUUGGGAAGUUUGUGUUCCCAACAGAUUUUGUCAUCCUUGAUUUAUUGGAGGAGGACGAUGAAGCAUUGAACAUUAAAGACCCUCUAACAUCUUGUCUCAUGAACUUAGAUAAAGCUAAUGGUGAAGACUUGGCAUAA